CCCUCCGGGGAGAGUAUUACACAAAGGCUUUCAGCAAACAGUAAACCUGUUACAACCUAGAACAGCUGCGUGCAGGUAUUAUAUCCACCCGUGAUCCAAGCUGCCAAACUUCCAACUAUUGCUGAAAUGCUAAAGGGAACAUUGGUGAAAAGAGAGUCACUGAAACUCUUUAAACAAAGCCUGUGAAGUAUCGAAGUAUUUUAGAAAGUGUUUCACCCGGAAGAGAGCAGUAUUUUUAACUGCGUUACAGAGCAAUAAACCUGCUUUGUCUCAGACAAUCCCUUUUUGGAACUGAGAAGGCAGCAACACAUAAACAGUGUGGAUUAUUUGGAAGGACCUUCUAAGCCAGAAUUUCAUCUACUGCAGCAACUGCCAUGGCCUUAAUUGUAUCAAAAUAUUUUGACUCCAUCUUGUUUGUUUCUGUCAUGGUUUUAUUAUGGGGUGUCAUGGCUGAAAAUGUACCAAUAAUAGCAUUAGACAAUGUCACGUCUACAACCCAAGGGAGGUCUGUGAGUUUAAGGAGUACUGAGUACAUUUCAUCAGUGCAUUCGUCUUUGGACAGAACAAAUGAUGCAAGUAAUGUCUCAAGCACAGGUCAUGAAAACACUACAGCAUUAAGUACUGCUUUUACUGCAACCAGACCUACAACAGAUUAUUCCCCAUCUGAGAAUGGAUCUCUGAGUAUAACUACUAUCGCUACUUUGCUGUCUACUAUCAAUGUAUCAGUGACUGGUUUUACUGGUGGUACAAGUCAUUUAACCCUAAACACAACUCACCCAGCCCAAGAAAAUACUACUUUGCCAAACAAUACUCAAGCAGUAACAUCAUCUGAACGGACUUCUGGAAAUUCAACAGAUACAUUGACAGAUGGAAGAAUUUCUAAUUUAAAAGAUUCUGAGACCAUUUUGACUUCAAUCUUCGGCACUGUUUUAGGCAUUGUUUCCCUGGCUAUAACUGUCUUCAUCUUCAGGAAAUACAAAAAAAGGAGAUCUCAGUAUUCACACCAACGACUAAAUGAAUACCAGUAUGAUUCAUCGGACAGAUAUUCUGCUCCAGAUGACACAUUAAUCAUUUCGGGAGGGUUAUAUGAUGGACCCCGAAUUUACAAUCCUAACAUGACGGCUCUAGAAGAGGAGGAUUCUCAGCCUGACUAUGUCCCAUUUAAUUCAAGACCAGGUCAAUUUAGACUUGAAUUUCUACCAGGAGACAAGGAGAUGAAUCCCAGUUUUAGUGGGUCCACUUUGGAUACAUACAAUUCACUGCAAAAAAUUGUCUGAUCCUAAGAUACAAAUAUACAUAUAUUCAAAAUGGCCAACCGAUCUGCCAAAAACUGCCCAACCAGUGUGGCCGUGUAUUAUCAAUUUAAAUGGAAACUAUCAUCCCUAUAAGAAAUCAAACUGCUGUGUAUCCAUUGCAGUGGGAACUUUAGGGCUGCCAUAGCUGCCCUGUCAGGUCCCCAACAGCUGAAAGAACAGGGAAAGUGAGCUAUUGUGUGAAAGCAGGGAUUCACUUGCUGCAGGCCCCACUCAUUCACUAACAUUGGGGAAGUCUGCCAUUUAUGAUCCUCAAAAUAUUGUAUUGAGCGGGGCAAAUGGGCAGCAGCUUGCUAUUAAACCAAAGCAGCAAUUUUCUUACAUGGAUGACUGUGUCCUUUUAAAUUUACUCUUAGAACAUAUUGUGGCUAUUUUUUAAAUUGGCUUUAAAUAGUGGUCCCACAAAUGAACAGAACACCCACCUCAAAUGAGAACUAAAGCUUAGCAAAAAAGUACGGCAGUAAUGUUGAACACUAUAGGGCCUAUAUAUCAUGCUGGAGUGAAGCAUUACCAGUGAUGUUGCCCAGAGCAACCAAUCAGCAAUUAGGUUUCAACAUUUAGAAAACAAAAGCAAAGAUCUGAUUUGUUGCUAUGAGCAAAAUCACCGGUAAUGUUUCACU